AUGAUAGAUCGCCUCCUGUUUUCACGGAAGUCAACCCUUCUUGAUGCUCUCAUAUUUUGUGUUGUAUUCGCAACUUGUACAGAGUUCUACGCUGGUGGUCUGGUUGGCAUGAAUGAAUUUGCAAGUCCAGGUUAUCCACAGAAAUAUCCACCCAGUAGAGAUUGCGUUCGCGUUAUUGAGGCACCUCCUGGACACGAUAUCCUCAUACAUUUCAGACACGUUUUUCAGAUUGAAUCCACUUACGAGUAUUCAUCUCUUAAAGGAUCAUCAGUCUCGAAUGCAAUUCAUUGCCCAAAUGACUUCAUUGAAAUCCGUGAUGGUCGUUACGGUUUUUCGCCUCUAAUUGGACGAUUUUGUGGCAUGCAAAUUCCUCGGGGAGAAAUUCGAGCCAAGUCCGGUACUAUCUGGUUACGUUUCUACUCGGACGAAGUUUUGGAAUACAAAGGAUUUUAUGCUGACUAUGAGUUCGUUUUAUCCGAAUCACGACUGCGACCGACAUCUGAGUGCAAUAUUGUACAGAAUCUUUCAUUGGAUGGAUAUAUCGACUCCAAGAGUUUACACGAUUUUCAUCAGAUUUAUGGCAAUGCAUCAGACUCAGUGGAUUGUGUCUGGCGGAUUGAUGUCCCACAGUCACUACAAGUUGCACUUUUCGUUGAAAACUUCACACUCGGUGCGCCGAAUAUGUGCGAUGCGAAUUUCAUGGAGGUUUAUUCGGGACACACUUCGGAUUUACCGUUACGACGUUUCUGUGGUAUGAGUGCAUCACAGACGUUCGCUAUGCAUAACACCGUCUUUGUACGCAUCUAUGCGACUAACUCAGCGCUGAUUGGGCUUUACACAAGAAUUCUUUUCACUGCAUAUUCCAGACUGAACGAUUCAUUUCUCGAUCUAUUUACGAUGGGCUUCAGUCAACUAUUACUGAUUGUUUUCACGAUGUUCAUCAUAACCGUUAUCCUGUGCCUUUGGUCACUCACACACUGUUCAUGUCUAAGAUCUCAACGAGCCAGAUGCGAUGAUUAUUUAAAAGAGCUGUCGUCGAUGCCACCUCCGGGUAUUGUUCCGAGACUAACAACCACUAAUAACACCACCAUCACUCACAACAAAAGCAACAACAACGAAAUUAUCAGAGCACAAGAUAAAGCACGUCCACUAUUCGAUGGCAAUAGGAUCAGUAGCGGUGGUGGUCGCAGUGUGUGGAGAAAACGUUUCAGUCGGAGUGACUCUGACGAAUGUACGUCGACGAACUGGCUGACUGCAUCUGAUCUGACGUUUCCACUCGAUCGCAGGAGAUCGCAAUCAUCGAUUCGUGUACAAAUAUGUGACUGA